UGCAGCGCAGUUUGUGUUUGCGUCGUGGUGGCCGGCAGAGCUAUGUUCCCCCUGGACUCCCCCUGGAACAUCUCCUUCGCGGGCUGCGGCUUUUUGGGCGUCUACCACAUCGGCGUGGCCAGCUGCCUGCAGGAGCACGCGCCCUUCCUCGUCGCCAACGCCAGGAAGGUGUACGGCGCCUCGGCCGGGGCGCUCACCGCCACCGCGCUUGUCAGCGGCGCCUGUCUCGGUGAGGCUGGUGCCAGCAUUAUUAGAGUAUCAAAAGAAGCCCGGAAGAGGUUCUUGGGCCCACUCCACCCUUCUUUCAAUUUAGUGAAGACCAUUCGGAUCUGCCUGUCCAAGACUGUGCCAGAGAAUGGGCAUGAGGUUGCUGCAGGACGUUUGGGUAUUUCGCUGACACGGGUCUCUGAUGGAGAAAAUGUCAUACUGUCAGACUUCAAUUCCAAGGAGGAGCUGAUCCAGGCCUGCGUCUGUAGCACCUUUAUCCCUGUCUACUGUGGGCUGAUACCUCCAACCUUGCGUGGAGUGAGAUACGUUGAUGGAGGGAUUUCUGACAACUUGCCGCGAUAUGAGCUCAAGAACACAAUCACAGUGUCUCCAUUCUCAGGAGAGAGCGAUAUUUGUCCACGAGACAGUUCUACAAAUAUGCAUGAACUGAGAGUCACCAACACAAGCAUCCAGUUCAACCUUCGCAACCUUUACCGCCUCUCAAAGGCCCUGUUUCCUCCAGAGCCACAGGUGCUGCGGGAUAUGUGCAAGCAGGGCUAUCGGGAUGCACUGUACUUCCUGAAAAAGAAUGGUCUCCUGCAUCGUCCAAGUCCUGCCCGUCCACUCCUUGCCAUAGAAGCCCCCCCAGGAGAGAAGAAAGAAGAAGAAACAGAAGCUGAGGACCAACUAGAGGACAAUACUGCCCUUGCUGUUGUUGAAGAGCACAUCUUUGAACACUUGCCUCCCAGACUGAAUCAAGCUCUUCUGGAGGCUUGUGCUGAAAGAAGAAGUUUCUUGACUGGCAUCACCAACAUGCUGCCUAUACGUGUGGCCACAGCCAUGAUGGUCCCCUAUAUGCUGCCUCUGGAGUCUGCAGUUUCAUUCACUGUCAGGUUGCUGGAAUGGCUCCCAGAUAUUCCGGAGGAUAUUAGAUGGAUGAGGGAGCAGAUGACCGAAAUCUGCAACUAUCUUGUGAAGAAAGCCAAGAAGAAACUAGGCAGCCAUCUCUCAGCCAGGCUUUAUUAUCACCUUGAGCUUGGAGGGCCACAGAGCCUGCCAAUUUCUUCUGCACCAGCUUGUGGUGAAGCGCUGCCCAUGUGGAUGAGAAGCAACCGUUCUGUUUCCGAUGUCAUGAUGAAGUGGGAGGAGUACCAGCGGCAGCUCAUGCUGGGCUUACUCUGCAUCAAUGUGGACAUGCAGGCCUCCCUCUUCCCUCGGGAAGGGUUUCAGAUAAAGCUUCCACCUCUAGACUGUGCAAAAGAGUGCCUGCCACUCUUCUGAGCCUGCUGCUGUAAGGGGAUGAGGGUGGGUGUGAAGGGAAGCAGACAUAGCGUGGGACCAGUCUCAUCCUUCAGCAGCAGGCUGCCCUGUGCUUAUGAAUAUGCUGCAAAGGGGAUUUCCCCAGGAUGGAGACUGGUGAAUUUGACCAUAGCCGUUUCUUGACCACUGGGCCAGGCAAGGGCACUCUGUGUUCAAAGACACAUGUGGGCUGAUAACUUGCUCUAGACUUGUGUUGAGGCUUGACCAUUGUCAGUGGCCAGGCUGAUGCUGACCCAGCUGGGCUCUCCCAAAUAAUGCACUUUGCAUUGCCGUUGGCUUUUUACCACCAAAUAAUCAGGACAUAGAUGACACUUUGGAGUUCAUACAGCUCUUAGCUUCUUUUCUUUUUAAAGCAUGAGUCUUGUUUUCUCUGAAGUAAUCUAAUAUCUCUUAGCUCUGUAGCUCUGUGCUACUGAAAGAUGAAGUAGCCUCUUGCCAAAUUUUUCUUAUGGCUUCCAAAUCUCCUCUUGACUUUCUUCUUUGCUGAAGCCACAUCCUUUCCUCUGUCCCUUAACUGCACCCCCAUGGGAAACCAGAGCUGGCCCUGUUGCAGACUGCACUGGGACUGCAGAUGUGUAGAAAAUGUAUGUAUUUAUCCUGAUUCAUGUUAUUGUGGUAUCUCUUCUUGAGUUUUGUCUUUGUGGAACUGCUGCAGCUUGAACUUGGAGUGCUAAGUAAGUCAUUGAGCUUAUUCUAAAGAAGUAAUUUUGACAGAUUUUUUUUUCCAGGGAAACAUGUUGAAUUUGAGGCUGGAAAUAGCCAGCUAAUGGAAUUAGUGUGGCGUUGCCCUGGAAAAGCUCUGCCUGACUGUCUUGUUGUCAGCUUAGCAGCUGAAGCAAUGUGAAGUACUUAUAGGGAGGUGAAAUUGUGCAGAGCAUGUUAGUUUGAGUGGCUUGGGUGGAGUGUCACAGUAGGUGCUGGGGAAGCAGCUGGCUCUGUCAGAGGUUGGGCUUUGCUCCUUAAGGGACUGUAUGGCUCAAGGAAAUUCCAUGUGGGUGAUACAGAAGGGAUCUCCUGCCAGACUGGGACUUGGCUCCAUCCUUUGCUCCAAAGAGUUGGGACAUUGAGGCUUUGGAGUAAGAAGGAUUUAGGUUUGUAGCUAAACCAGCCUCACAGUUUACCUGUCUCACAAUGUGGCUUACAAGUACAGCUCUGCACCUGGAAACAGUAGAAGCGUGAGAGGUGGAAGUGAAGUUAGUGGUGCACAUGCAGCCUGUUUGGAACUGGCUGCUUGCUUGGAACUGUCUUCUCGUAAAAGACCAGAGCUAAUGGGUCUGCAGCAGGGCAGGACACUGCCUUUUCAGUGGUGGUCUGGUUGUGACUCGCUGCGCAGAAGCGUGAACUCGGCUCUUCCCAGGGCUUCCUGUGAGGAUUGCACAUACUUAAGUCUUAAUACUAUGACACAAACCCAGUUCCUGGCAUCUCUUUCUACAGUAUGUCUGGCUGCAUGAGGGCUCUUCCAACUCUUCUAUGCCAAACAGUAUGUAACUGGCCAAAGCAAAUGUAAGCUGGGGAGUUUUUGUCUUCGCUAGGGAGCCGGACAGGGUAUCUGAAGAUGAUUUACAUAGCUUAUACAUGGAAUAGUGAUUUAUAAUACUCUUUUGCACCUUAGGAAAGGGAAAAUAGCCCCCAAAGUUCUACUAAUAGCUGGAGAAAGUAGUGGAUCUGCUUGAUCACAUCUGCAUGAGCCAUGGUGAUGGGUGCUGUUUCCUACCAGCACAAUUGUGCACUGGGUGUGGGUUUGAAUGUUUGUGGUGGAGACUGUGAUAAGCAUCAGGACUUUUCUGCAGUGGCUGUUGCAGGCUGAGAGGUAAGACUGGGCAGCUGUGGUGCCAGCCGACUGCCCAGGAGAUGCCAGUGCAAAUACCGACUUAAACGUAUCGCUCCACUGACCUUGCUGGCUGUAACCCAAUAAGUGCCUGCACAGCUUAUGUAGCGGGCCUACAUUUAUGCAGUCAGCUUUAGUCUUAAAUUUCACAUGGUUAAGGCAAUUAGGGAAAAGAGAUGUCGCUACAGGAAGAGAAAAAAAAAUUAGAGGGUUCUGAAAGCAGAAUAGGAAUAUCGGGUUAUAAAACAAGUCAAACUUGUGGUUUUUGCAAGCCUGUGGAAAAAGCUUACUGCUAGAUGAAUCCAACUCUAAUCAAAGUGAACCAGCAACAAGCCAGCGUCAGUUGGUAGGAGCAGGAUGAAUUUGAAAAUUAGAAUUGCAGUCCAUGUCCAGUUGUCCUCAUAACAUCCACUUCAACUCUGCAAGAGUCCCAACCCUUGCCACUUAUACUGUUUCACAUAAAGCUUAAGCUUAAUUCCUCAUGUUAUGACACAAAACCAGCUCCUGAUAUUUUUUCUUUGAUAAAAGAUUUUGUGAUUUAGUGUGGGAUUUUAUUGCCAUUGCUUUGGGCUACCUUCUUUGCGGGAGUGGCAUAGGAACAGCUUUGUUUGCCAGAUACAUAUCUUUUGUCCCUAAUGCACACAGAGCAAUUGGCAAGAACAUACAGAUAUUUAGUGUAAAAUGCUGCGCUUAGAAGCAGUUGCCCUUUUGACUCUGCCUUGUUUGUAUUAGUAUAUGGGUGGGAAAAUGAUGCAACUAUUUUUUUAUCCCUUCUUCCUGCACUGGUAAAACCACUGAGUGGUUAAGUAAACCACUAAACUAUGAAACAAAACUCUCUUGGCAUCAGAGUGCCCUAAGAAGCUCCAGCUUGGCAUCCUUAUCCCUUCGAUCUCUGUUCUCCUCCUUACAUCAGAACUGACUGGGCUGGUGCUGCUGUCUUCCAGUGCUCUGGUCCAGAAGGCUUUCUGGUUCUGGUCCAUGCAUUUCAAGAGACUAACUGCUGUGCUUGGUAAAAGGCUUGAGUUUCAUUCUGUGUUUCAUCUCAUCUGUAUUUAGUUUGUUAUGCUAACCUCUGAAAGAGUAGGGUUUGUCCACUUUAAACUGUAACCACAAACCAAAACCUGGCUUUAUAUUUAAAGGUCUUACCUCUUCAGGGAGGAAACUCCUGUUUUCCCUAUGCUAAUAUGCAGGGUGUGAAUGGAUACUGGGAAAGUACCACUCUUUAAUACCCUUUCUUUACCUGUGUGUAUUCCCUAAGUGAUGCAAUGGCUGUUGUAUGAUAACUUGUUGACUCUAUAGAUCUAAGCUUUGAUAAAGAAACUGCAGAUCUGUCAAAAAUACUCAAACUAUUGAUAGCAACUAGUCCCUUCAGCAAAAUGUGGUUGGGCAGCCCAGCAGGUAUUUGCCACGACCUGUCUGCUCUCCAGUAUGUGGUGGCUGGGAGAUCAAGUUCUUGGACCAAAAGUCCAUCUUGCGGUCCAUCUCCAAUUGCCCUUAUGACAUCUGCUUCAGCUCUGCAAGAGUCCCAACCAUUGUCACUUCCACUGUUUCACAUAAAGGGUCUGUGCAUUCUACUUUGAUGCUUUUAACAAGACUAAUGGUGAGCCUGUGCAUCUAAUCAGCCUCUAGCCUAUAUAAUGCUCUAGAGUUGGUUUAUGUUGCGUACAACAGUUUGUAUCCAUGGCAUACUCUGUAAGCCACUAGGUGUGUGAUAUGUUGGGUUUUUGGUUUGCUGCCUACCCUACUGAUAAUACUGUUGGCAAGCUGAAUUUCAAGGCAUAAGAGGAAAUACUUCAUUUCUGACCACUGUAGGACCUAGGAAUUGUCUUCUCAUGGCUUUUUGGAGGGCUGUGUACAUCCAACAUUUAGACCAGAGAAUAAAAGGUCUGCUGAUUGCUGGCACUGGGGUGUCCCUAGUAUUUAUUGUACAUUUCUCAGUGUUUUUGUCUAUUUAAAAAAAAAAACAAACACAAAAAAACUAGUAAAUUCCCUCCUUCCUCUGGUAGAAGAGAUCUCACUUUUGCCAAAUUGGUUGUGGGAGAAAUACCCGAAACCGUAUGUUUCCCUUAGGGGUCCAUUUCUGCUAAAUGCACACUAGAUGUGGUGGGUGGCAAAGCUGAGCACUGCCAAAGUCAGAGGGCCUUACCAACAGUUUUCUUAAGCUUUUUCUUUGUCUUCCCCUUAAAUCAGUGAGAGAAUGGAUCACCUCAGCUGGCUGCCUUGUCAGGCAGUUCAUUUGUGCCAAACACCCUGUGCCUUGACAGUGGGUCCUGGCUGGCCUGCCCACCUCCAUGUCCCUGUGGUGUCUGCCCUUCUGAAUGCAGCAGUACUUCCUCCCCGCUCCUCUUCCUCCUUCCCCUGGCCUCCUGUUGGGACAUUGCUCAGUUUCCAGUCUGCAGGUAGCUCCACUAGGACAGUCUCUUAACUGUGUUCACUGUGUGGAUCCACAUCAGCCUUCCUGCACAGGGUAGAGAAACCCCUAGUUCCAAACAGGAGACUCAGAAAUGUAACUUUUGAAAUAAAUACCUCUGUCUUAUUUUUUUUUCUUGCUCUUGAUAACAGUAUCUGAAGCAGCACUUUGAGCUUUGUGUCAUGGGAUUCUACUACUGUCACUGAGUUUGAGAAGACCCUUAAGCACACAACCCACAUGGAGAUCCUGUGGAAAUCGCUGAUGUCAGAGCAGCAACUAGACCAGCAAUAGCAUAUGCAAGUUAUGUAUUUACACAGCAAUGUCACUAAGUAGUGUUCACAGUCACUUUAAAAGUUCAGUAUUAAAUAAUUGUUCAUGCUUUUUUUUCUGUUUCUAUUUUCUAAUGUUUUGCUGAAGAAAAUGUAACUAUUUAUUUUGGCAGAAGUAUACCUUUUAAUAAAAACUUUCUCAAUGUAUUUACCUGACUCUGGUAGGUUGCUUGCCUUGCCAUUUAAAGGUUAAUUAAAUAUUUUUGAAAGCGC